UAUGGGGUUGGCGGCUAGAGCAUUUGUGUUUGCUUUAACAAUUCUUCUCGUCAGAGGUGAUGAACACAAUCAUAAGUAUAACGAUGGCGAAGAAGUGGUUCUAUGGAUGAAUACCGUUGGUCCCUAUCACAACCGGCAAGAGACAUAUGCCUACUUCAGUUUGCCGUUUUGCAGUGGUUCCAAAUCCAGUAUAUCCCAUUACCAUGAAACGCUGAGCGAAGCGCUGCAGGGUGUGGAGUUAGAAUUUAGUGGCUACGAAAUAGAAUUCAAUCGUGAUGUUCCCUCCACUGUUAUCUGUAUGGUGGAUCUGACGGAGGAUAAAGUUAAAGCCUUUACGUAUGCUGUUAUGAAUGAAUACUGGUAUCAAAUGUACAUUGACGGCUUGCCCAUUUGGGGAAAGGUUGGUGAAAAGGAUGAUCAAGGCAGAUACUACAUUUAUACACAUAAAAAAUUCGACAUUGGUCGCAAUGGACAGCAAAUUGUGGAUAUCAGUUUGACUACGGAAAAGAAAGAACUACUGGUAGCAGGAUCGAAAAUCAAAUUUUCUUAUGAAGUGAACUGGAAACCUAGUGUUGUGGAAUUUAAAGAUCGCUUUGAUAAAUAUUUGGAUCCGAAUUUCUUCCAACAUAGGAUUCACUGGUUCAGCAUAUUCAAUAGUUUCAUGAUGGUUAUUUUCCUCGUUGGCUUGGUGUCGAUGAUUUUAAUGCGAACAUUGCGAAAAGAUUAUGCUCGUUAUAGCAAAGAUGAGGAAAUGGAUGAUAUGGAACGUGAUUUAGGUGAUGAAUAUGGUUGGAAACAAGUACAUGGUGAUGUUUUCCGUUCCCCUCCACACGCCCUUUUGUUUUCGGCCCUAAUUGGUGCUGGAUAUCAACUGAUUUCCGUGGUAUUUUGUGUAAUUAUUUUUGCUAUUGUUGGAGAAUUAUACACAGAACGUGGUUCAAUGCUAUCGACGGCCAUAUUUGUAUACGCUGCUACCUCUCCGAUCAAUGGUUAUUUUGGUGGAUCCUUGUAUUCGCGAUUGGGUGGCCGCAUGUGGAUUCGUCAAAUGUUGGUAUCUGCAUUUAUGGUUCCAGUGUUUGUGUGUGGAACCGCCUUCUUCAUAAAUUUUAUUGCCAUUGGCUAUCAUGCUUCGAGAGCUAUACCAUUUGGCACAAUGGUUGCCGUUACAUGCAUAUGUUUCUUUGUGAUUUUACCACUAACAUUGGUUGGCACAGUGGUUGGUCGCAACUUGGACGGCCAACCCGAUUAUCCCUGUCGCGUUAAUGCUGUCCCUAGACCUAUACCAGAAAAGAAAUGGUUUAUGGAACCAGCAAUAAUUAUAUUAUUGGGAGGCAUUUUGCCUUUCGGUUCAAUAUUCAUCGAAAUGUACUUCAUAUUUACUUCAUUUUGGGCAUACAAAAUCUACUAUGUUUACGGCUUUAUGUUGUUGGUCUUUACCAUUCUUACCAUAGUUACUGUGUGCGUAACAAUUGUCUGUUCAUACUUCCUAUUAAAUGCCGAAGACUAUAGAUGGCAGUGGACCAGUUUUAUGUCUGCCGCCUCCACCUCGAUAUAUGUGUAUGCUUAUUCAUUCUAUUACUUUUUCUUCAAAACUAAAAUGUAUGGCCUUUUCCAAACCACAUUUUAUUUUGGAUACAUGGCGUUAUUCAGUGGUGCUUUAGGUAUAAUAUGCGGAACAGUGGGUUAUAUUGGCACAAGUGUGUUUGUACGUAAAAUUUAUUCCAAUGUUAAAAUAGACUAGAUGCAAUUUUUAGCUUUUCCAACCAAAAACAACGUAAAAUAAAA